AUGGAUCGCAGCAUAACCUUGCGCACCGGCCGCGCCAUUCGUUUCGAAGAGGGCAAGGAUACUGAAACCAAAAACUACGAGCACGCCGAUGUCGAGGACUGCGUGGCGGCCCCAACAAAGAAACCCAGGACCAAGCUCCUCACUCCCCGUCGAUAA